AUUUAUUAUAAUCAGAUCUGGAGGUUUAAAAACUACCAGCUAAUCAUUUUUUGAAGUUGUAGUAAAUGUUUUGAAUGUUAAGCAAAGGAAAGGAAUCCUGGGCAGAGAAUUUAUAAAAGGCAAUGGGUGUCUGGUACCCACACGAUUAGUUUGAACCAUGACAGACCUAAAUUUAUGACCUGCAGCUGUUGGAUGUCUGAUACAAGUCUCAGCACUGAACAGCAGUGUGAAGCACAGCAACCCAGGGAGAUCUGAACAGAAGACAAGCCCAGCACAAGAAACUAGGUGCCUUUAAUAUGGGAAAAACACCCGAAAGCGCUUCACAAGGAAAAUAAAAAGUAACAGACAACGAACCUUGGAGCUGGAUUUUGUGGGCCAUCCACAGGCAGGAAAGCAGGGCUGUCUUUCUCAUUUGUUUGUGCUGAAGACGCCACAGCUGCAUGUUCUCACCUUGCUGCAGCCUGAGCCUAAACCAAUCUGUGACCAACACAGUAGAGUCAUUGUCAGAUAUAACACUAUACCUGACCCCAAGAACAUCUUGGAAGCUGGGUGGGCUAUCAAUUAAAGCAGAUGGUACGGGAACAAUAUCUGACAACACAAGGCUGUAACCUACAAAGGCCAGAGAACCAAUAUGUCUACAAGAUUGGGAUCUAUGGCUGGAGGAAGCGCUGCCUUUAUUUAUUUGUGCUGCUGCUUCUCAUCAUCCUGGUUGUGAAUUUUGCAUUAACAAUCUGGAUUCUCAAAGUGAUGUGGUUUUCUAAAGAUGGGAUGGGGUACCUGAGAGUUACAGAAAAUGGAAUUCGGCUGGAAGGAGAGUCUGAGUUUCUUUUCCCAUUGUAUGCCAAAGAAAUUCGCUCCAGAAAGGAUUCCCCUUUGCUUGUGGAUUCUUCGCAAAAUGUGACUGUUAAUGCUCGCAACUCUGAAGGACAGGUGACAGGCAGAUUAACAGUGGGACCCAGCACAGUGCAAGCUCAUGGAAAGCACUUUGAAGUCAAUUCAAACACUGGCAGAAUGCUAUUUUCUGCGGAUGAGAACGAAGUGGUGGUCGGCGCUGAUAGACUUCGAGUCACAGGGCCAGAAGGUGCUCUCUUUGAACAUUCUGUGGAGACACCAGUUGUCAGGGCUGAACCAUUCAAGCAGCUCAGACUGGAAUCUCCAACACGUUCUUUGAGCAUGGAUGCACCAAAAGGAGUUCAGAUCAAAGCAAGAGCUGGAAACAUUGAAGGCUCUUCUCAGAGGGACAUCGUCUUUCAUACUAGUGAAGGAAUGCUAGUGCUUGAUGCUGAGACUGUGAAACUACCCAAGUUGCCUCAUGGGGGGCAGGGUGGAUCCGGAAAUCCUCAGGGACUUUAUGAAGUUUGCGUCUGUCCGGAUGGAAAGCUAUACCUGUCAGUUGCAGGAGUGGGAUCCACCUGCCAGGAAUAUAGUCGGGUGUGCCAAUGAGCAUCUCGAUGUCUCCUCGAACCUUCUGAGAACUUGACAUUUCAUCCAGCAUUUUUGAAAACAUUUCAAUUUUUUCAGUAAAUGCAGCUGCAAGUAACAGUGCCAUAGCAUCAUAAAGAAAGUGGUAAAAGAUUUCCUUCAACCAAUAUCCCUUCUAAUCUGAGACAUUAAGCAGAAAACCCUUUUGCCCCAGAAAAAUAGAAAAUAAUCCAUUUCCAAAUGGACAAAAAGAGCACAAUUCAAAACUUUAAUUUCACAUAGUGGAAGCAAACAUCAAACUUGGACUUAAUUUCCAUUGUUGCACAUACAACAUUGAUAAAUGCCCCAUGUGACAGAGUGCAACAAGAUGUACUAUCAACAGAUAUCUGAUGAUUCUACUCAUAUUGAACAUUUUUAUAGGGAAGAUAUAUGGACUGUGAAUUAUAAAUCAACAUUUUCUAUCAGUGCAUCAGUCUAACUUCUACAUCUUCCAAAUCUUACUUAUGCCAACAUGUGAGAUUCAUUUUUUUAAUGAUUAAGAUACAUUGUAUUAAUUAAAUUUUGAUACACUAAGAGCGGAGUCUGGGUUGAUUUGGGCCAGUGUCCGCUUGAUCUCUAUGCAAAAACAUUUUUUUUCCUGCAAUAACACUUGAACCACAAGAGCUGUGCUUUUUGUACAAAACUACAAUGUGGAAUAAAAUAUCCAAAGCUUUACCAUCUGUAUGUAAACCACAGUAUUCAAAGUUGCAGUACCCUUUCUUAGUCUUUUUAUAAAGCUAUGUUGAAAUGUAUAAAAUAAAAGUAUGCUAUCCCUA